GUCAGUGUGGCAUCAACACCCGUGGAGGCAGGACGUGUGCUCGCUACCUCCUUCUCUGCGCCAGUCUCGCCCCCGACCCCCCUCUCUCUGCUACGCCUCCCCCCCCCUUUGCCUCUUCUAGCCAGCCGCCUCUCACUGCGGACCGGAAAUAUCUUGUAUGCCACUCGUAUAACAAAAAAACAAUCUUCAUCGCGUAUACAAGUGCAUCAAAAAGCAAACAUCACAUAAACUAUUAAUGAUGAAACAGUCUCGAGUCAUUAGGGUGAGUUAGUGGCUACCUGAGCUGACCUGUGGCCCCGUGCACCGGUGUUUACCUGUGAUCAAGAUAAUGGAUGGCGGUCCCUCGCGCGGCCCACAGCGGGGAGCGGCGAGGCUGCUGUGCCGCCACCAGAGGGCUAGGCGCACUGGGUCUCGGGUCACGUGGGUAAAGGAAUAAAGUGACGGAGCGGUGACCUGACCACUCCACCCUUGCCGCUACACACUGGCUCCCUGCGUCAACGUUUAUUCUUCUUUAUAAACCUUCUCAUCAAAAAACCUGAUUCCAGACAAUAAUGGAAACAGCAUACUCGUAACCGGCAUCGACUCCUCAACCUCACUCAACCCUCUGCAAGACACACCUUCUGCAGCGUGGUAGUCAGCCCAACCAGCACCUUCAGAUCACUUCGUCACCCUAGUCUCCGCGCGCUGAGCAACUGUGGCGGCUGAGCGAGGACUCGAAGGUGAAGUGCCAAUUGGAAAAGUAAUCAAAGGCGAGUUUUAUGAGUUUUAUCCUCAUCAAAGCUUCCAUUAACCAUUGACACAUCGAGUUUCACGAGGACUAUAUAAAACAGUGGAUGAAAACACCAACAAAUAUCUAGGCUUUUCUGUAUAAUCGCGAAACAUAAAUACGUUAAAAUGAACAGCGUACAUAAGAUAAUCUAGUUUUAAUCUCGACGCAAAAUAUAUGCAACAACGACAACAACCGUGAUAUGAGCAGUGCAUACAAAUAACACACACACACACACACACACACACACACACACACACACACACACACACACGCACACACACACUUUUGGUUCCCCGGACGUAAAUAAAUAAAUUCAUCGACGAAAAAAAAUAGAUAAAAACGAGUGACAGAAAAUAUUUUGGGGCCACGAAAAAGUGUUUGGAAAGCUGCCUUGUAAAGCGAGCGGCGGGAGAACAAGCCGAACAAACAGGGAGGGGAAUGUGCUGGAGGGGAGCCUGGAGGGGCGCUUGAAUAGACGGCGAACCAGCGGCGGCACCAGAGAGGAGUAACUGUGCUCGGGUUAGGAAUGCACUGAAGCGACUCUGGACACUGACAAGGCUGCGGCGUUGUGUUAAACCUCCAUAGAAAGAAAGAAAUUGACGCGCCUUGAUGCUGAACGAAAAAAAAAAGUGUUAGUUGUGCCUCUGAAAAAAAAAAUACCAGUAGAUAUUGUGGUGAACUUUUGGAAAACUCAGAAAAAAAUAAAGAGUGGCUCGUAUUUCACUUCCUCCAACACCAUCACCGCCACCACCACCACCAUCAUCACCAUCAUCACCACCAGGAGCAUCAUCACCGCUGAAUCCCCUGCUGCUGGAGAUGGCUUCCUUCCCUCUAAUCCUGUCUCUUCUGACCGCCCUAGCAGCCAGCGUGCGGGGCGAGGGUCUCAUCCCGCCGCCGCCCCUCGUCACCGACCAGCCCUACUUCGACCCCAGCAUGUCCACCACCCUCACCGCCCACGUGGGGAGGCGCGCCGAGCUGCACUGCCGCGUCCACUCCAUCGGGAACAGAACAGUGUCGUGGAUUCGAGGGCGUGACCUGCGGAUCCUGACGGUGGGCCGCUACACCUACACGACAGACCUUCGCUACGAGGCGCUGCACCAGGCAGGCACCAACCAGUGGACGCUGAGGAUCACGUCUGCUCAGCCGCGCGAUCAAGGGAACUACGAGUGUCAGAUCAGCACUAAGCCCAUCAAGGCGUUCACCGUGUACCUCAAAGUGCUGGAGCCUCGCGGGGAAAUCCUGGGCUCGCCGGACCUGUACGUGCAGAAGGCCAGCAUGAUCAACCUGACCUGCAUCCUACACGACCUGCCCGAGCCGCCUGAAUACGUGCUCUGGUACCACGAGAACAAGAGCAUCAGUUAUAGCAGCAGCCGGGGCGGGGUGUCCAUGGUGGUGGUGAAGGGCCCCACCACCACCAGCCACCUCCUCAUCACCUCCGCCACCGAGGAAGACGGCGGCCUCUACACCUGCGCGCCCGCCGGCCUGUUCCCCACACAUAUCAGGGUCUACGUUCUUGACGCCGAGGACGCAGCGGCCACCCUCAAGAAUACUUCCGUCUCCCGCUCCCACCCCCCGCCCCCGCCCGAGGGCCGGCUUCCCCCCCCAGCCUCAGCCGCCGCCGCGACCACCACCGCCGCCGCCACCACCCUGGGCAGCGUCACGAGUGGGGGGGGCGGGUGUGUCCUGUCCCCCCCUUCACCUCUCCCCCUCGUCCUCGCCUUCACGCUGGCUAGGAUACUCACCUUCGUGUGGGUGGAGGUGACGUAAUGGCUGUGUGUGUGUGUGUGUGUGUGUGUGUGUGUGUGUGUGUGUGUGUGUGUGUGUCAGGGCACAUUGCAAUCCCUCUUCCCCUUCUAUGUGCAUCUCUGUCUUCAAGUUACACGAUCUCGUUUUUCUGUGUGUGUGUGUGUGUGUGUGUGUGUGUGUGUGUGUGUGUGUGUGUGUGUGUGAAUGGUUGUUGUGAAGGUGAAAACAAACACACACACAAACAUUUACCGAGUCUCAUGUGCACCGAAUACCGUCAUGUGUACAUCGUAUUACAUGCACAAUAUCCCCCUCAAAUAUUCAAUACUUUUUUUGCCAUAUAGUGUGUGUGUGUGUGUGUGUGUGUGUGUGUGUGUGUGUGUGUGUGUGUGUGUGUGUGUGUGUGUGUGUGUGUGUGUGUUACUUGUGUAUGUGUACUUCUCUGGGUGUACACACGAACCAAAGAU